UUCAGUUCCCAAUAAUCCGAACAUAACCACAAACUUGUGUAAUCAACUACGGCAAAACUACGGCGUAAAUCAAAAUCACUACAAGUUGAAUCGUUGGCAGCGUAGUAACCGGCUCGUCGGCUCUCUUUCCUGCAAUUACUUAUUUAUCUAGUGGACUACUAUUGAAACGUUGAGAGUGUACAAGUUUUGCAAAAUCGUUCGCAUCCGUACGUGAAUAACAUCAUGUCAUUUCUUUGCCUCGGCACAAUAGCUCUUAUCGGUGCUAGAUCACUUGUUGGAAUUGAAACUCGAUUUCUAUCAACAAUGGCAGAAGCACUUAAAACUCAUGGUGUUGUUCCUGACGUCAUUGACAAUCUUCCUAAGGAUGUACUCAAAGUCGCCUAUUCUGGUGAUCUUGUAGUCGAAAUUGGCAAAGAAUUCACUCCUACGCAAGUCAAGGACAAGCCUAUCGUCAAGUGGAAUGCCGAUUCCGCAGCUUUCUAUACGCUUUGCAUGACCGAUCCUGAUGCUCCAAGUCGAAAAGAGCCAACUUAUCGGGAAUGGCAUCACUGGCUCGUGGGAAAUAUUCCUGGUGAUAAAGUUGCCGACGGAGAAGUUCUUUCUGACUACAUCGGCUCUGGACCACCACCAAAUACUGGUCUCCAUCGUUAUGUCUUCCUGUUAUACAAGCAGCCCAGUAAAAUUACUUUUGACGAGAAACGCCUGACCAACAGAAGCGACGAAGGUCGUGCAAUGUUCGCCAUCAGAAAAUUUGCUGCAAAAUACAAGCUUGGCGAUCCGAUUGCUGGCAAUAUGUACCAAGCUGCUUAUGAUGAUUACGUUCCCAUUCUGUACAAACAACUUGGGGGUUAAAAAUUCAAGAAUUGAUCCAUUUGUUCUUGUCUCUGCAAGAUUUUAAACGUUUUAUAAGAAUUCAAGCUUCCACUUAUUAUCAAGAGGUUCUCGAAAAAUUAUUCCAGAGAAAUGUAUCAUUUAUUAUUAGCAUUUGACAAUAAAUUUUCCUUCUCGUUUCAUAA